GUAUCCACACCUCGGCAUCACCUGUGCCAUGGUGGGCACGUGGAAAGAUGCACCAGCUGGCAGCUGCAUGGCCUCCGCAUGUAGUGACGCGGGCAACACGGCCACACUGCUGAGUGGCUCAACGGCUUAUCCAGACAUGUGCAAGGCAGUGCCCACGACUACUACCGCCGAUGCAAGCGAAACUUCCAUGGCUCCGUCCCUCUUCAUGUCCGCUGCCUUGAGCGCUGCCUUUUCUUGCCUCUGUCUUUUUGGAAUCUGA